UCCCUUGCUCCGUAGCAGUGAAGCGUUACAGUCUUACAGAUGGAGAUUAAGAAAGGAUAAAUUAGUCAUUUGAGGAUAAGAAACCCUAGACGAUCACAGUCAUAUAAGUACAGAUUGUCUCCGUCAUUUUAUACUUACAAGCAGGAGGUCGCGAGUCUAACUGGCGUUCUCUUAAUUUUCGGCGACCUCUCAGGUCACCAUCUUGAAUUGCAAACAUGGCAGAUGGAUCAUGGCAUCCAUCAGUGUUUCAGAAGAUAAGUGAGCAGUCCUCCCUCAUUUCUAAACUAUCACCUAACUUGCAGACCCAGAAUUACAGCGUGACUGGAGCCUAUGGGAAUGGUGUCCAUAACCAUUUGCAUCCCGCACUUCAGGGCACUGGUAUGGCACUUAUGUCACCACUCUCGCCUGUAUUUGUACAGGCACCAUCUGAGAAAGGUGCUGGUGCCUUUAUGGUUGAUUUCCUUAUGGGAGGAGUCUCAGCAGCAGUCUCCAAGACUGCCGCUGCCCCAAUUGAGCGAGUUAAACUCUUGAUUCAAAAUCAGGAUGAGAUGAUCAAGGCUGGUCGGUUAUCUGAACCAUACAAGGGAAUCUCUGACUGCUUUGCCAGAACAAUAAAAGAUGAGGGUGUACUUGCUCUAUGGAGAGGCAACACUGCUAAUGUUAUCAGAUAUUUCCCCACCCAGGCUCUGAACUUUGCUUUUAAAGAUUACUUCAAGAGGUUGUUCAAUUUUAAGAAGGACAAAGAUGGCUACUGGAAGUGGUUUGCUGGGAAUUUGGCAUCUGGUGGAGCAGCUGGUGCUUCAUCUCUUCUAUUUGUUUACUCCUUGGAUUAUGCUCGGACCCGUUUGGCCAAUGAUGCAAAGGCAGCUAAAAAGGGCGGUGAGAGGCAGUUUAAUGGUUUGGUUGAUGUUUACAGGAAAACCAUAAAAUCUGAUGGUAUUGCUGGACUUUAUCGCGGUUUUAAUAUAUCUUGUGUUGGAAUUAUUGUGUACCGUGGUCUCUACUUUGGAAUGUAUGAUUCUCUUAAACCUGUUGUUCUGGUUGGUAAUUUACAGGAUAGUUUCUUUGCUAGUUUCUUACUGGGAUGGGGAAUCACUAUUGGUGCUGGAUUGGCCUCUUACCCCAUUGAUACAGUCCGUAGAAGGAUGAUGAUGACCUCAGGAGAAGCUGUGAAGUACAAGAGCUCUUUGGAUGCAUUUUCUCAGAUCAUCAAGAAUGAAGGGACUAAAUCCCUCUUCAAGGGAGCUGGUGCAAACAUCCUUCGUGCUGUAGCAGGUGCUGGUGUGCUUGCCGGUUAUGACAAACUUCAGCUUAUUGUCUUUGGCAAGAAAUAUGGAUCUGGCGGAGGUGGCUAAUGUGUUUGGAAUUGGAUCUUCAGUUUACUAUCUUUGGAAUGACAGAUGAUGAUGAAAGUGAUGCUUGUCUAGGUUAUAUUCUCAUGUUUGAAUAAUUUUUGUAGAAACUAUAGUGGUCCAAAUUGAUAUAAAAUCAUAUAGUUGCCUGAACAAUUUCAAUUUUGAGUGCUAGCAAAGCUUUUGGCUUGGAAGGUGUUUCUUGUUGUAUCAGCAACUUUUGUAUGAGAAUAAUUAGACAGCUUUUGCCUGAAUUAUAUCAUCUUUCAUACUGGUUUACGUGAAUUAA